AUGACUCGGAUUGCAGCCCACUCAGGUAGCCGAUUUAUUUUCGCUCGGAAAAGACCGCAUCGUAUCAGCACAGCGGUAAUCACCGCCGGGUUACGCGGGUUUUUCACCGAAGUCAUGUUUGUCUUUGAGAUGCCUAAAGUUGUGCAUAUACGCAAUCCGGCACUGGGAUUGCUGUUCCGUCUUGUUCAGUUAUCCAUUCUGACUUAUUUUGUGAUUUUUGUCAUGUGGUGGAACAAAGGAUAUCAAUCAUUUGACCGGGCUCUAAGCGGUGUCACGGCCAAAGUGAGUGGCGUAUCCUGGGUCGGAUCGGACAGAUUUACUCCGGGUGGCCCGUUGGUGGAUAACGGAGCUUACAAUUUACGGUCUUUACAAAAUUCCGGUGUGUAUUUAACUACUCGAAUAACCGCGAAAGCCAUACAACAAUUGGGCUAUUGUGCCGAAUUAACAAGCUUGCCGGACGCCCACUGUCUAACAGAUGCACACUGUACACCUGGUACAACAGCCGGCCAUUCCAUUUACGGACCAGAUGGUCGCAUGUUCAGCAUUGAAGAUAUUGAUUUGAAUGAUGAUGGGCAUGGUGUGUUUACGGGUCGUUGCCUUCAGGCAAUGCAAGUUUGUGAAAUCUACGGCUGGUGUCCCGUCCGGGCUGAAAAUCAAACCUCACUCGGACGUGUGGCGUCCUCGUCACGUGUGAUUACUCCAAUCAAUAUUUUGAUGGAACCCUAUACAUUUUUUACUGAUUUGGAGUUUAUCCAACGACAUCGUUCUGCCUGGGAGCCAAGUAACCUCAAAUUGGUCCCACCGUUUUUUGAUGUACUAAACUACACACUGUUUAUACGAAAUGCAAUCGAGUUUCCCUAUUUUGAUGUGAAGCGUCGGAAUAUUUUACAAUGGAUGACCGAGGACUAUUUGCACUCAUGUAUGUACGAUCCUGUAAGUCCACUGAACCAAUACUGCCCGGUUUUUCGUGUCUAUGAUAUGCUUCGUCUUGCUGGAGCGAAUCCAGACAGAAUGAUUUAUUUUGGUGGGGUGAUCGCCAUCACGAUCGAUUGGACUUGCGAUUUGGAUUGGUCUGUUGAGCAUUGUCUACCUCAAUAUGCUUUUCGUCAGCUAGACUACAAUCCAGAUGUGAAUCAGUCACAGUUGAUCAAAGGUGCCGGACUAGCUGAGGGUUCUCAUCAGGAACUGACAAUCCAUUUUGGCCAUGACGGACAGAAUGGAACCGGUAGAUAUCGACUGCUAUUGAACUCACAUGGGAUCGCCUUCCUGAUUCGGGUGACCGGUCAAGCAGGCAAAUUCAAUCUGCUCUCAUUCACCAUGCGUUUUGGUUCCGGUCUGGCUUUGCUCAGUGGUGCCACAAUCAUGUGCGACCUAAUCGCGUUUCAUUUCAUGCGUGAUCGGGAACUAUUUCGUGAGGUCACUUGUGACGACAAAACUUUACGACGGCUGUUAAGCAUGUCCACUACGACUGGGUCACGUCGNAGUCAAAGAGAACCAAGGCCAAUCGCUGAACACACCCGCGUUAUUACCCCUGAUCACUUUGAGUACUACAUCAUUUUCACCGGUUAA